UUGCUGCUAUCAGUCUCUGAAAGUGUACUAAUUCAUAUAAUCGAAGUGCAAAUAUCUUGUUUCGUGUAUACUAAAAGAAAUAUUUUGUUUGGAAAAGGUUUACAUUCUAUUUUGAUAUUACAAUGAAAUUACUCUUUUGGCCAGUUGUGUUGAGUAUUGAAAUUCUUUUCGUAACAAGACCAAUAACGUCGCUAUGUCCUCCACAAGACGAUACCUCUUUUUGUUUAUGUACUGAAAGCACUGACACUUGUUUUUAUUCCUGCACAGCUAGCUUCGGUGCUUCAUUAGUUUCUAUGGGCGAGUAUUUCAAUCCAUGUCCACGAAUUAAGCUUUCUCUGACAGGAGAAGCUAAUUUUUUACCACAUGGUUUUUUCACUAAAUUUGGUGAUAUGAGGAGUUUCGAAUUCACCUUCUCAGGUUUGAAACUAGAUAGUUUGACUGAUCCAUCUCCUGGCCCUUCAGUUUUUCAAGAUACCAGCGUCUCUGACCAAUGGUCUCUUAAUUUCAACUGGGUUGAAACAAAAAAUAAUUGGAAUUGGUUAGAUUUCUCAGCCUUAGAAGUUGGAAAUACUGCUACAACAAGUUUCUACUCUAAUAUAUCAAAGAUUGAUAAUAUGAAUUCAGAUUUCUACUCCGCCUUUGAGAAUGCCAACUUAGAUUCCAUAGUUAUUGGACUUGCUGGCCUAAAAAGUUUAGCUGAUGUUCCUACAGGCAAAUAUUCAACAUUGGUGAACAUGAACUUUGAAAAAAAUGAAAUCCAGGAAAUCAAACGCUCACACUUUCCAAGGCCAGCGACUAAUUUGAAAAGUAUCAGUUUAAGCUGGAACAAAAUCAGAGUUCUUCCAGAAAAUUUGUUCACAGAGAUGCCAGAACUUAAAUACAUAGAUAUUUCCGCCAAUCCAAUAUCGGUGUUGCCUGAAAUGACUUUCAAGCCUAUUAUAUCUUCCCUGAACCGUCUCUACGUAAUUAACUUAGCACUUUCUUGUGACUGCCAGCUGGCUUGGAUUCUACCUUACUGGGAGACUAAAGUUAUUGAUAGUGGUGGAAUGGCUUGGCGACCUAGACGUUGUAAAGAACCCACCCAUCUUGCCAAUAAAAGUGUUGGUGAGCUUACAGUUGAUAACUUGAAUUGCGCAGAUCGAGUGGAGGCUUAGAUUGUUCCGACUGUAUAAGAACCUUCUGUCAACUGCUACAGACACGUCUUAGAAGAUAAGGAAGAAAUGUGUGUGUGUGUGUGUGUAUCAUUCAUAAUAUCAUAAAUACAAUGAUAUAAUACGAAAAUAAACCUAACGUUUUCUAUCAAA